AUGGCGGCGCCGGGGCCCGCUGGCCGCUGCCCGCCGUCGCUGCCGCUGCUGCUGCUCGGCCUGGCCGCGCUCGCCCGCCCGCCGCCCGCCGCCGCCUCCGAGCCGCCGCCCGCCGCCCUCCGCGCUGGCCACGCCGCCUCCUCGCUGCCGGCCGCCGCCGCCGCCCCGCGCACCAGAUACCUUUUGUACGAUGUAAACCCCCCUGAAGGGUUCAACCUUCGCAGAGAUGUCUACAUUCGCAUUGCUUCCCUUCUAAACACCCUGCGGAAAAGCGAAAACUGGGUGUUGGUUCUGCCUCCCUGGGGACGUCUUUAUCACUGGCAGAGCCCUGACAUCCUCCAGGUUCGGAUCCCUUGGUCUGAGUUCUUUGAUGUCCCAAGCCUCAACAGGAACAUCCCUGUCAUCGAAUAUGAGCAGUUCCUUGCAGAGUCAGGUGGGCCCUUUAUUGAACAGAUUUAUGUGCUACAAGGCUACGCAGAAGGAUGGAAAGAAGGAACAUGGGAAGAAAAAAUAAAUGAAAGGCCAUGCAUUGAUCAGCUGAUGUACUCUAAAGACAAACAUGGCUACUACAGGGGCUGGUUCUGGGGUUAUGAGGAAACACGAGGUCUAAACGCCUCUUGCUUGUCUGUCCAAGGAUCUGCCUCUAUUGUGGCUCCCAUCCUUCUGAAGAACACUUCAGCACAGUCAGUGAUGUUAGACAGAGCUGAAAACCUUCUUCAUGACCACUACGGAGGGAAAGAUUAUUGGAAUACCCGUCGGAGCAUGGUGUUCGCCAAACACCUCCGCAUGGUGGGAGAUGAGUUUAGGAGGAGAUACCUUCAAUCCACUGAUGAGGCAGACAGGACUCAGUACAAGGAGGACUGGACACAGAUGAAGGUGAAGAUGGGCACAGCUCUAGGAGGCCCAUACCUUGGGGUUCAUCUCAGAAGGAGAGACUUCAUUUGGGGUCACAGAGAAGAUGUGCCUUCCCUGCAAGGAGCAGUAAAGAAAAUCCACAGCCUCCUGGAGAUGCUUAAACUUGAAAAAGUUUUCAUAGCCACUGAUGCUGUUGAGGAAGAGAUUGAACUGCUCAAGAAGCUGCUGCCUGGGAUGGUGAAGUUUGAACCCUCUCUGGAGGAGCUGGAACUUUAUAAGGAUGGGGGCUUGGCUGUGAUUGACCAGUGGAUUUGUGCACAUGCAAGGUAUUUUAUAGGCACCUCAGUUUCAACAUUUUCCUUCCGAAUCCAUGAGGAAAGGGAGAUCCUGGGAUUUGAUCCAAAAACAACUUACAACCGAUUUUGUGGUGAAACAGAGAAAAACUGUGAGCAGCCAACUCAUUGGAAAAUCGUAUAUUAAACACAGAGAAACACAAA